CUUCUUCGUUUCCUCACUCACACCAUUAUUUCCCUCAUACCUCUUUUACCCUUGGUGUUUGGUGCACGAGUUUGUCCACAUCRAUGCACCUGCUAUGAUCACGCUGACAUGGUGGACUGUCGGGAUCAGAGAUUUGAGCGUGUUCCCAGAGGGCUUCCACACGGCACAUGGCUGCUGGAGCUCGGUGGAAACAAUCUAAGUGUUAUACGCACCAACACCUUUUCUGGGCUGUGGUCCCUGCGAGUUCUGGUGCUGACCAACAGUCAGAUUGAAGAAAUACAACCACAUGCGUUUUUCUCUUUGUCUUUCCUGGAGAAGUUGGAUCUAAGUUGGAACCUGAUAAAAAGCCUACCUGGGGACUUCUCAGCCAGUCUGUCUGCUCUCAAAUGUCUGCGGCUGGAGCACAACAACCUACGUUACAUAACUGCAUUCAGCUUGGAGUAUUUGGACAGCUUGGAAAAGUUAGACCUCAGUUAUAACCAGCUGAUGUCUGUGGGACCCGGGAUCUUCAGGGGCCUCUCAAGACUCAGACAGCUCUAUCUACACAACAACAGACUGACUGUGGUGCAGCGGGGAAGCCUUGAUAUGCUUCCUGGGCUGGAAGUGCUCCAGCUGAACAACAACAACAUCUCCCAUAUAGACCCUGAUUCUCUGGCUCCACUCUAUAGUCUGGCAGUUCUCAGCCUGGAAGAAAACAACCUGCACCAUCUCAAAUUUAAGACCUUCAUCAGCCUACAUACAACGGCAACACACAUUCAGUUAUCAG